AGGACUAUUGGAUAAUGAUUAGUGUUCCAAAAGAUGAAUCGGAUUCGAAUACAAAUAAUACUUAUUUAAAAAUUUUAAAAAAUAUUGUUGCCAUCACACGUGAAGUAGAUCCCGAUUCAAAGUUAUCAAAUGACCGGUCAGAAGAAUUACGCGAGGUCAGCAACAAGUUACAUGAACGUCUUAUGAAUGAUGAAAAGCAGACAGAUAGUCUAAUCGCUCGGAUACAUUCGGUCAAACGUAAAAUUAGGCAAUUAAAUGCCUCCAUUGAAAAAUACAGGUCAACUAAGGAUGCCUACAUGAAACAGAUUAACUCAGAAAGUACCUCUGACAGUUCAUCAUUUUCAUGUGAAUAUCAAAAUUCAAAUUUAACGCAAAUUUGUAAGUUAAUUCAACCAUUUGAACGUCUACUUGGAAUUCAAAUACAAAAAACACAUUCUGGAUUAUUACAAUUAUUGUUUCAUGGUUGUUGUUCAAAAUCUGCGACUACAAAUACCGAUAUUGUUUGCUGUUGCCAGUUACGACUUGAGAAGGCCAAUCGCUUUGAACUUGUCUCAUGUAAUCCACCUAUACAUGAUGUGGAAAGGCUUGUUAACCAUUUAAAUUGGACAGAAGAUAUGCGAAGCUUUAUCAUUGUGUUAAGACAACGUUUUCGUCGUUACUUUGAACUAGCUGCUGCAGUUUCCAAUAAACUGGGCACUGGUUAGCUAACAUAUAUAUAUAUAUAUAUAUAUAUAUAUAUAUAUAUAUAUAUA